CCGUAAAACCAUAAGAGGAAGAAAAGGCUACUUUUUAACGCCCUCUGAUAGCCAUCUACGAAGAAGCUUCAGUAUUAGUUUCUAAGUAGCACUAACAGAAGAUGGCGCAAAAGUUAAGCUAACACGUUCAUUCGAGCUCUUAGAAGGGUCGGACAUAUUCGGUAAAACAUCGAAGUUAUUGCAACAUUCUGUAUGUUGCUGAAACUAGCUAGCUGGUGACUGUUUUACUUAUUAUAAGUCUGUUAUUGAAGGAAAAACGCGCGAGAGCGGGUGAAGUUAGCGUCUACAAGUCUCUUUGGAUACGGCUAAUUCCUGGAGUGAGGAUGCUAGCCGCCGAAGUGUAGAGGGGCGCCAACCAUGGGCAAUUAAGAGAUGCUUUAAGGAGAGGAGUGCCUGGAGCCUGAUAGCCGACGUAUCUGAGCUUCUGUAAUGGACGACCAGUGUGUGUCCCACAGCAGUCCUCAGCGCAGCGGAGGUCAGGCCGGCACAGAGACGCAGAGGCAGGGACGGCCCAGUGUUAUCAGGUGUGGGUGGCUCAGGAAGCAAGGAGGUUUUGUCAAGACUUGGCACAGCCGCUGGUUUGUUCUCCGAGGGGAGCAGCUCUACUAUUACAAAGACGAGGAGGAGACCAAAGCCCUGGGAGCCAUUUUCUUGCCUGGAAACAAAGUUUCAGAGCAUCCAAGCAGCAGUGAUGAUGGGGGGAAAUUUCUCUUUGAGGUCAUUCCAGGGGGAGACAGAGAGCGGAUGACAGCCAACCAUGAGACCUACCUUCUUAUGGCCAGCACCCAGAAUGACAUGGAGGAUUGGGUGAAGACGAUCCGCAGGGUCAUCUGGGCUCCUUUUGGUGGAGGGAUUUUUGGUCAGAAGUUGGAGGAAACUGUGCGAUAUGAACGCCGCUUUGGGAACAAACUGGCCCCCAUGCUGGUGGAGCAGUGCGUGGACUUCAUUCGGCAGUGGGGCCUCAGAGAGGAGGGACUGUUCAGGCUGCCUGGACAGGCCAACCUGGUCAAAGAGCUGCAGGAUGCUUUCGACUGCGGGGAGAAACCUUCUUUUGAUUGUAACACCGAUGUGCACACAGUAGCCUCUCUCCUGAAGCUGUACCUCAGAGAGCUGCCCGAGCCCGUCAUCCCCUUCCACAAGUACGAUGACUUCCUGGCCUGUGCCAAACUCCUCAGCAAGGAUGAUGAAACGGGCAUGAAGGAGUUGAGAAGGCUUGUUGAUUGUCUACCUCCAGUGAACUACAAUCUUCUGAAGUACAUCUGCAGAUUUCUAGAUGAAGUCCAGUCAUAUUCAGGAGUGAACAAGAUGAGCGUCCAGAACUUAGCCACAGUUUUCGGGCCAAACAUCCUGAGGCCGAAGGUUGAAGAUCCAGUGGCGAUAAUGGAAGGUACUGUUCUGGUCCAACAGCUCAUGGCUGUUCUGAUUGGCCGACAUGACGUUCUGUUCCCCCACAGCGAGGACAGCCCAACAGCUCUGGAGCUGGUCAACAACAACAACAUUGAACCACUAAAACGACAAAAAAACACAACUACUACCUCUGCCAUUACUGCUGUGUCUCAGAACGCUGAGAACAACAACACCCAGACAGUCAGGCAGUGUGUCUGGGAAGCUCCUGAGUCUCCCUCACAUCGCCAGCAUGUUGAUAACAGCAGCUCCCCACGGUCAGCGAGCCCUCAUAACGGAGUCAUAGGACGCUUUGAUAUGACCCGCAGCCCGCCACUGACUGUAAAAAAGAACCCUGCUUUCAGCAAAGGGAGUGGGAUUGUUACAAAUGGCUCCUUUAGCUCCUCCCCCUCCUCUGAUCCUAAUCAAGAGAAGGGUCAGACUUUACCAGGAGGUGGGAGUUUACCGAUGGCACGGCGUAGUGGAGCUCUCAAAGGCUCCGGGACAAAAAUGGGAACCAGUGGUGUAACGAGCGGAAGCGGCAGUGGGGGUAGCGGGACUGGAGUUGUCCGAUUGGGUGUUUCUGGCACUGAGACACAAAGCCGCAAUGUUCUGUGGAUGCCAAACGGCUCUGUCACGUUACGUGACAGCAACAAAACACACACAGAUCAAACAUCCAAUCAGAACCGGCUUUCUACUUAUGACAAUGUCCACUUAAACCAUCAGAACCAGCAGCAGAACCACGUCACUAACACGUGUCUGAACAGCAGCUGUGAGGACAAGCAGAGUGUAGACAGCGCCACCUGGUCCACCUCCUCCUGUGAAAUCUCUCUCCCAGACAACUCCACUUCCUGUCGCUCCUCCACCACCACCUGCCCUGAGCAGGACUUCUAUGGGGGUCACUUUGAGGACUUGGAUGGACCAGGGCAGGAAAAUGACCCUCCUCAGUCUGGAGGAGGAGGAGAGGCAGAGGGCAGGAACAGCAACAGAGAGGCCAGCGGAGAUGCAACAGGGCGGAGCAGUCGGGGCACCAGCAGUAGUGAGAACAGUGACGGUCCUACUGUGGGUAACGGACCUGGCAGUCACAGCGCUCUACACAGUUUAGUGGCCAGUCUGAAACAGGAGAUGCAAAAACAGAAGGCAGAGUAUGAGGCUCGGAUAAAAAGCUUGGAGCAGCGUAACCUGGACCUGGAGACCGAAAUGGUGAACCUUCACGAGGAGCUGGACCAGGAGAGGAAAAAGUACACGAUGGCCGAGAUCAAGUUACGUAACGCAGAGCGCGCCAAGGACGACGCAGAGAGAAGAAAUCAGAUGCUGCAGAAAGAGAUGGAACAGUUUUUCUCCACGUUCAGUGACCUCACUGCAACUGGCAACGCCGCUGUAACCGACCCCCGGCGACCAGAACGCAACAACCCCAUCUGGAUACAGUGAGGGAGGGUGGGCGGGGGACGUAGAGCAAAGACUGAAAAUUAUAUGAUGUGAACAUUACGAGGGCUCCAAACAGGAUUUGGCUGCUGGCUGCAGAGGGGAAGUUUGGAAAAGGAAGGUUAAGGCAUGUUUUAAUUUAAGAAAUAGGAGAUGCAGGGCUAAUGUGAGCCAACUUUAUAAAUACAGACAUCACCUGGAGUGAUGCCACACUGACAUUCUCUGUAAAUACAGCAUUAUUUAAACAAAAAGACACUCUGACUUGUUCAGAAACUGAAUCAGUCACUCCCCUGACUACGCAGUGAAGUAAAGGUAAAACAUACUACAGUGUAUGAUAAUACACAGUUAUACCUCUGUUUUACUGAAGCUCCUGGAGCUUAAAGGAGUAAAAAAAAAAACGAUUAAAAGGAAGCAAUCUUCAAAUAAAAAAAACAUCAUGGUCGUAAAAAGACAAGAACUCCUCCCUAUUGUAAUCCACUUUUAAAAUCCAAUCAAACAUGUUACUGGGAUUCUACAUCUGCUCUUGUACAUAGAGGGAAAGCUAAGCAGAAACACACACAGUGUCAUAUGUUUGUAAAAAGGAAUGAGAAUAAUACUUAAAUGUUUAUCUGAUAUUUAAGCUCGUAUCAAUGUGUGAUGUGUGUUUUAUAUUAAGACUUUUCCUUGCACUUACAUGUUCUGCGAGUCUCUGCAAGGUGGUACUGAAUGUUUUGUUGCUCGAUGUGUGCUCAGUUUAAAUUGGACAAUAUACUGUAAAUGUGCCUGUGCUUCUGUGCUGUUUCUUUUACCCCCAUGACCAAAAAAAGAGCUUGUAUGUACAUACUUUAUGGAUAUUUGUAGACGCUUCUAGUUAGUCAGCACUGUGGUUUGACUCAUAAUCUGAUGGAUGCGGCACCAGUUAGGAUGAUACUGAAUGGGGGAUGUUUUUUUUAGCUUUAAAAGAUGAAUAUGAAGAUUUGCACGAUGAGUAAAUGGUAUUAAUCCCAGGUAAAAUGGAAGCAACUAUCAUGGACUUAAAGUUCAGGCAACACGUUUUAAUCUCUCUAAUUAGGAAUUUGCUUCACAUCAACACAAACAAAAUUCCAGUUUAAAGCUUUUCCUUGCCAAUACUCAGGCUUCAUAAUGGCUGAUACUGAAGACCCCUUAAAAACUUCUAAAUACUGAUAGAGAAACACCAUCUACAUUGAAACCAGCUGAUUUUUGUAGAUUGGCCUAUGUAUUUGACCAGUACACUGACUGAUAUGUUCUUUGUUCUACAGAUAUUGCUUCCAAGGUAGUUUAUCAGUACUGGUAGUUUUCUGAUGCCAGCAUGAGUGGCAUUAAAAUUAUCAUUGUUAUGAAGCUGAUACUAAUACAGAUUCUGGUACUGGUUUUGGUAGUUUGCUCAUACAGAUGUGGAAACUGCUGCUGGUGUUGGUCUGAUACUGAUCUGAACUAAACAGAUUUUUCUUUUUUCAAACAUGUAAAAAAUCAAAUAUUGCACAAAAAGUAGUAGUUUCUGAUAGGGUUACUGAUACUGGUAUCAAUAUUGUUCUAAUACUGAUACCAGUACUUGUAUCUGUAAUGGUAAUCAGUGUUGGGUAGCAUUAACUUAAAAAGCGAACUUGUUUGAUUGUUCCACUCAUUUGGUCAUUAAAGGAAUAUUUCUGUAUUUUUGUAUGAGGUGCUUAGCAAAAGUAAUAAUGGAACUAGCCUCCAGAGAUUUCACUCUGCAUUGCCCCUUUAAGGAGAGCGCGGGGGGCAAUGGCAAGGACACUAGGCUAUACAGCAACUCAGAUCGCUACAGUUGCUCUCCAUUAUUUAGUGAGUUUUAGGUAGAAAGAUGGGACAAAAAAAACAAUGCCGGCCCAAAUGUACACUAUAUCAAAAAGAAAACCAUGGAAGUGCUUUUUUUUUUUUUUUUUUUUUUUUAAAUCCUGAAUUAAAGAAAAGAAGCCAUGGUAAAAACCAGCUGAUCUGGAGAUGACAAUACACAGAGGGGAAUGAACACAUAGCCGAAAGCUGCACCACAAAUUAGUGGCAACCACGGAGGCUUUCCAGAGAAAAUUAAAUGCUUUAAAUGUUUUGGAUGUUGCGUAGACUUGAGCCAACAUUACGUUUGGCCCAUUUUUACUUGAAACUUGUUAAUCUUGCAAAGCAACUGUACCCAUCUGUGGUACAAGGGGUUGCUUACUGUUUAGGUUAUCUCUAAUACCGGUGCUAAAUCAAUACCUUUUAUAUGGUGCUGAUGCCUAAAUGGUGCCUGCUCUGAAUCUUUUGAGAGAAAAGGAUGUGCUGAAAGUCAGUGGGAGAGGAAGAGUUUACUGGGUAAUGUAAUUGAUUCAUAAAAAUAAUUUUACAAGACACCAGUCUAACAUGGGAUGAGAAAAGGAAACUGCUAUAACUCAACUCCUAAUUCACGCAAAUUCCAUUACAUAUUCUGGCCUUUCAUUCAGUACAAAAGGUAUCAAAUUCAGUAUUGAUAUCUGUGUUGUAAUUUGGUCCGGUACAGGUAGAUUGGUACCAGUACCCUGUAGAUUUCAAUACUCAUCCAUAUGUAUUACCAUAGAGCUAAGCUUCCUUGCUGAUGCCAGCAGUACGCUCUCUCCUUAAAGGGGCAGAACACUGAAAUCUCUGAAGGCUAAUGCCAUUACUGUUGUCAAGUACCCUUACACAACACAACUCCAAAAUAGCCAAAAUCUCCCUUUAAAAUGGCACAUAGCCAGCACUCUUGGUAGUUUUCUGAUACUGAUAGGAACUAUUGAUAUUUUUUCUUGGAAGGAUAUUAGUGUUGUUAUUGUUGGAAUAAUUGUACUGGUAUAAGUACUGGUAACCAGAUACAAAAACUGAUUUAAGCAGCCUAUUUGUGGCCUGUCAAUUCAAUGCAGCCAUCUGGUUCACCUAACUGCUGAUUUAGAGACAGAAUCUUGUCACGGGUCAUGGCAAACUCUGAUCAGUUUUCGUGGUCAAACAUGACAAAGUGUUGGCAUAGUUACUAUGAGGGGUACACCAAAAGCAGUGAUGAAAGUCACCUUAGUGUCAGUAUCAACUAAAAUUUUAUAUUAAACCCUGAUUUUCCCUUCUCUAAUUGUAACAUCUCUAAUGUCUAGUUUUAAAAAUCAACCUUGAAAUCUACAUGACAGGACUAGUUUAAAUCCUGACAUAGUCCAAAGAAAGAGUUGCAGAGCUAGUUUCAUGUUUGUUGGUGAUAACUGUGAAUAAGGGGGAUUACUGCAUCAAGUCUGUCCACGUCUAGGACAUAAACAGCCUGGUUGUUAGCUUGUGUAGCAAGUUGUGCGUGCAUGGUGCAUGAGUGCUUGAGGGCCAGUGUACAAUAAGUGAAUGUCUGUACAGUGACUGCAUAUCAAUGAGGAGUGUAUUGAUGUAGCUUUUAACCAAACGUCUACAAAGCGUGGAUUUGCUGAUGGGUACAAAACAGGACAGUCAUGUGACUGCAGACCUGAGCUGGACUUCUGCAAAGAGAGGUGCGCACAAACCGGCCGCUGGCUCGUCUUUCCUCUGAAGACCAGGUGUCCUUUAAACCUGCUGCUGGUCAAUGCAGGACAUGAAGAAUGUGCACACAGAGAGGAAAAAAAAGUGCCUGAACAAGUGAAAGACGGAGGGCGGGGAGAGCUCAGACUUCUCAUUUUGCACCCUUCACCGGGAAGUAAUGGGCUUAAUCCGAGCUGGCAGCGGCUCCUGGUUUUGUGAAUUCAACACAAAAGAGCAGAUUAUGGACACAGGGCGAGAGGGACGGGAGGACUGGGAUGGUGGAAUAUUUUCAUGACAUGAUACUUGACACACAAAAGAACUUAAAAAAAUGACUUAAUAUGAAUAA